AUGGCGGUGUGCGGCAAGGCGAAGGAACUGCUCCAGGAGCUCGGACGCAGCGAGUGGCUCCCGCCCUACAACGAGGACAGCAUUCGCCAAAUCAGCGAAGAAGUGCAUGCACUCAACAAGCAAAUCGUCAAGACAAUCCAAACCUUUGAUAACGAGCUGUCCGAGUACCCGGCCGAGCAAUGCGGCGUCGUGAUCAACCACCAGUGCCUGACGCGCAACAAGCGAUGCACGCUGGCCUACGUGAACCACCGCGUCAACAAGAUCAAGGAGCUGCGCUGGCAAACGGGCAGUGUUGUGCCAGACCAUUUGGCGCCUGCGUUGCACGCGCGCGAGGUGCAGUUCUUCCACGGCUACGACCAGCUCCUAACCGACUAUAUGUCGAGCUUUGGCAUCGACUUGGCUGCGGACAUGCAGCCACCAAAAGACUUGUUCAUUGAGGUGCGCGUCUUGAAGGACUGCGGCGAAAUCUACACCGAGAACGGCGCUGUGCACCUCCGCGCCAACAGCACGCACUUCCUCAGGCGCAUGGACGUCGAAGGACUCAUUCGCCAAGGCAUGCUCGUCCAGCUAAAGCAUUAA